UUUAUUCGAACCUCUUCAUGAAAUCUGUCAUCGACUGACAUCGCAAAAAUGGACACUUAAAAUUCUAAAAGUCAAAACAUUUCAACCGUUAUGACCCAUAAGCAAGUCAAAUUCGGUAAAGACAAGAGACCUCGGAAAGUGAAACCAGUGGAGGAAGAUUACGAGGGGGGGAGCUCUUUCCGGCGCGCAGUGCUGCUGAGUAGCGACGAUGUCGAAAGAAUGGCAGUGGAGAGCUCAAGAGCGAGAUUAAUUAACCACCUCGUCAGCAAAUCCGUCGACCAUUCUUCGCGAGAGUUCGCUUCGUACUACCGAGGCACCACGAGGUACCUCGAGCCUCCGUACUCGAUCACAUCCCACACUAACGGAGUAUUUACACCCACUGUGCAAAAAGUGAUCCCCGCCUACCCCUCCCUCAUCUCAGCUCCUCGGUGGUACCCGUACAGCAAGUCUACAUCGGCACAGAACUCUGAUUCAGAUCUUAACAUGGACCACAAGUAUACAUGCAGGUGUGAGCACUGUACGAGUCGGGGCUGUCCCGGCAACUACAACAAAACGUACAGACGUAACAAGUUCAAGGACAACAUUAUGACGUUUAAUGAUCAAUACACGAUGACUCGCAAAGUGCUCGAUGCAGGCUGUGGCAGCGCGCUCAUGCCAUCAGCUCCCGCGGUCGUGGACGCCAUACUGCCGGGCGUGUCCUCCAUGGUGGCGGUCAGGGACGCGGCGAGCAAGGUCAUGGUGCACCAGAUGUGCAGCCCGGCCUAUUUUCCAGUUCCUAUACUGAAGAAAGGUUCCUGCUACCACGAGUAUGGCAGCACAAAACUGAAGCCAAAGAAGUCAGUUACUGACUUAGACAAUGAAAUCGUGCGCGAUAUUGAACCGUUACCAGUAUUAAGAGUCAAGUCUUUGGUCAGAAAAGAAGAUGUUGGCACUGAUUACGACGAUGAGUUUCAUCCAAGGAAAAAUAUAUACAAUGAAGGUAUAAGCGACGUGGUUGCUAUUAAGAUGCCUCUGUCCAUGGAGAAGGUGACGUCGCGUCCAGUGUUCAGCCGGUCGUCGAUGUCGAGUGACUCGGACGUGGACUACGACCAGUACGCGCCCCGGAGCGACUCGCGGUACCACAGACACUGCACGACGUCUCCCUCGCGAGACUACUACAUGGACGAGGCCACGGAGGCGCCCGCGCGCCUCUUCAUGAUCCCGAAGUCGAGCACGAUGAGCAAGCCCUGCCGGCGCUGCAAGCAGAUGCGCAAUAUCAAGCUACCCAAGAAAGUUCUGCAGUCAGAGAAAGUCGUAGAUGCUUGCACAAAUAAGCGCUCGCGCAAUAAAAUGCCUUGUCGAAGGAAAUAA